AUGGUCUCAUCCAUUGCCCGAAGAUGGGAGAAGUGGUUGAAUCGCCUAGAAAGCUUCAUUGUGCCGUCGAACAUCAAAGACAAGAAACAGCAAAAAGCAAUGCUACUGCACUUCGCGGGAGAGCAAGUUUUCGACAUUUACGAGGCGCUUGGUGGCACCGCCGAAGACGACUUUGAGAAGACAAAGAAACUCCUCACAGAUCACUUCAAGCCUAAGAAGAACAUAGUCUUCGAGCAACAUGUCUUUCGGCAAGCGGUACAACAGCAAGGAGAAACUACCUCUGAGUACUUCGUUCGACUCAAGAAGCUAGCAUCAACCUGUGAGUUCGCGAACGAGGACCAAGCGUUGCUGGCGCAAAUGAUAGAAGGCAUCACGUCCACUAAGUUGAGAAGACAAGCGCUAAGAGACCCCAGUAUCACCCUAGAAAAAUUAUUGGGCAAAAGAACUUGGGUCAGAGUCAACAUUGUACCUGUGAGCACGCAAGCACUCAUUGACACUGGCUCGUCGGUGAACCUUGUGGACGCCGAGACCUUCCAAAAGAUCCAGUUAAAAAGCGACCUGGAACUUACUACAACCAGCACACAGUACUUUGCCUAUGGGAGCCACGCCAACUUGCCCAUCAUAGGAAAAUUCAAAACAGAGAUUCACGUUGGAGACAAGAGACAGCCGGCAGAAGUGGCAGUGGUGAACAAAGUGGCUGAAAACAUCAUUGGUUAUGAGACUGCAGAUGUUUUAGGUAUCAUAAAAAUAACCCUCAACAUAAAUGCAGAGCAGACACUAGACCCACAAGAAGAAUUCCCUCAACUAUUUCAAGGGAUGGGAAAGCUCAAAGAUCUGCAAGUUCAUCUGCAUGUAGACCCCUCGGUUACACCAGUUGCCCAACACAGAAGGAUACCGCUUCACAUUAGAAAAGCUGUGGAGGAGAAACUGAAAGAACUAGAAGACGGUGACAUCAUCGAGAAAGUGUCUGGGCCAACACCUUGGAUGUCCCCCCUAGUAAUUGUGCCUAAGCCAGGGAAGGAGGAGAUAAGACUGUGUUUGGACAUGCGUGAACCAAACAAGGCCAUCAAACGUGAACGACAUGUAAUGCCCACAAUAGAUGACAUCAUCUGCACCGUGAGCGGAGCAAAGAUGUUCUCCAAACUUGACUUGAGAGAUGGGCAUCACCAGCUGGAACUAGCAGAGGAUUCCCGACACAUAACCACAUUUUCUGCCCACUGUGGAAUAUACCGUUACAAGCGGUUAAAUUUUGGCAUAUCCUCUGCCGCUGAGGUUUUCCAAGAAGUGAUCCGGCAAGUCAUCAAUGGUGUAGAGGGAGUUAUAAACGCAAGUGACGAUAUUAUUGUGUCAGGAAAGACAAUAGAGGAACAUAAUCAACGACUCCAUCUAGUGCUCCAGCGACUGUCAAAAGCAGGACUAGUGCUAAAUGCCAAGAAAUGUGUGUUCAGAAGGACCUCCCUGAAAUUCUUUGGACUGCUCUUUACAUCAGAAGGCAUAAAACCAGAUCCAGAAAAGGUGAAAUCAAUAUGCAGACUUUCUCAGCCAAACGAUGUGCGUGAGAUCCGAAGCUUCUUGGGAAUGGUAACAUACUGUGCCCGAUUCCUCCCAAGGUUAGCACAAGUAGUGGAGCCACUGCGACAACUCACCAAAAAAGGGGUGGAAUUUGCGUGGACAGCAAGACACAGCGAUGCUUUCAAUGAAGCUAAAAAGCUGAUGUCCGAAGAACGAAAGCUAGCCUACUUUGACCCCUCACACAAGACAGAGCUCACUGUGGAUGCAGGACCGAAAGGAGUGGGAGCUAUUUUGAGUCAAGUAACAAGAAAAAACAAAUCUCGGGUGAUUGCCUACCACAGUAGACCACUCUCUCCAGUCGAACAAAGAUAUUCACAAAUAGAGAGAGAGCUUCUAGCCAUCCUGUCAGCCAUCACACACUUUCAUCUGUAUCUGUAUGGUCCUCCGUUCUCAGUACAGACAGACCAUAAACCACUUGUGAGUAUCCUUCAAAACUCAAGGUGCAUGGUAUCAGCUAGAAUGGAAAGAAUGCUGCUGAAGCUACAACAAUACACAUUCCAAGUGCGACACAUUGUAGGGUCAAGCAACCCUGCUGACUUCUUAUCACGAAACGUGGUGGAAGACAAUGAACUGAAAGAAACUGCAGUGGAGGAGUAUGUCAACCACAUAGCCCAGCAAGCAUGUCCAAAAGCUCUAACUCUGGAACUGAUAGAAGAAGCAACAAAGAACGAUGCAAUCCUGAGCAAACUGUCAGAAGUAUUACAGACCAAACCUUGCAGUAACAGCUCAUGGACACAAGAAAUAAGUCCAUUCAAGGCCAUCGCAAAUGAACUCUCAGUGACAGCGAAAGGAGCUAUACUCCGAGGAAAUCGACUGGUCAUCCCUGAAUCCCUGCAGAAAAAAGUAAUUCAACUAGCCCAUCGAGGACACAUGGGGAUUCGCAAAACAAAGCAGCUUCUCCGUGAGAAGGUGUGGUUUAAAGGAAUCGAUAGAGCAGUAGAAAAUGCUGUGAAGACCUGCAUACCCUGCCAAGCCGUCGUGCAAGAAAACAUACGUACACCUAUAAUAAUGACUAAACUGCCUGAAGGACCGUGGCAAAAUCUUGCGUUAGAUUUUGCAGGACCAUUUCCCGAUGGACAGUACCUGUUAGUGCUCGUCGAUGAAUACUCAAGAUUUCCUGUAAUACGGACUCUAAAGUCUUUGGACACUGACAGAGUAACCAAAGCUCUACGAGACAUUUUUACGCUUUUCGGUAUGCCUGUCAAGGUGAAAAUAGAUAACGGACCCCCCUUCUCAGGAUACAAAUUCAAAUACUUCAUGGCAGACUUGGGGAUCCACCACCACUUAAUUACUCCCUUGUGGCCGGAGGCAAAUGGGGAAGUGGAGAGACUCAUGCGUACCAUAAACAAGACUGCCCGAGCAGCCAACACUGACGGAAGAGAUUGGAAAAUCGAACUCGAGCACUUCCUACUUAACUACCGUGCGACUACGCACUCAACGACGGGAAAGUCACCCGGUGAACUACACUUUGGAAGGAGGAUGCGCACCUGCAUUCCAGAAGUCAGAACACCAGUUUGCGAUGCUGAAGUAAGACGGAAGGACGAAGAAAUGAAACAAAAGUGCAAGACAGAUGCAGAAAAGAGGAAAACAAUUAGACCACUUGAAUUACAAGAAGGGGACAAAGUGCUAGUCAAAGAAAAGAAGAAGAACAAACUAUCGCCUGCUUACAACCCAAACCCGUAA